CCUAAAAACCUGCUUAUCAACCAACAGAAGAACCUGCCUGUAAUGGCAACCUUCCCGGCCAAAACCUGCCUUUCUCUACUCACCUUCCUCUGUAGCUUGGUCCUCAUCCAUGGGAGACCAACUUUAGACACUUCAGAUCUCAAAGCCCUGUCUAUCAUCCAAAAAGACUUGGGAAUAACAAGUCAACUCCAGCUCUCCACCGCUCCAUGCAACAUCCCCGGGGUGUUCUGCGAGAGGAGGUUGUCUGAUGACAAUAAUUAUGUUCUGAAGAUCACCCGGCUCAUCUUUAAAUCCCAGCAACUCACAGGGAGCCUGUCUCCGGCGAUCGGACGGCUCUCCGAGCUCAAAGAGCUCUCUCUUUCGGGCAACAACCUCGUUGACCAAAUACCAGCCGAGAUAGUUGACUGCAGGAAGCUAGAAAUCCUCAACCUCGGAAACAACAAGUUUUCCGGGCAGAUUCCAGCGAACCUGUCGUCCUUGAUUCGCCUGCGAGUACUUGAUCUUUCCUCCAAUAAGCUUUCUGGCAACCUGAGUUUCUUGAAGUACUUUCCCAACCUCGAAAAGCUUUCCAUUGCCAACAAUCUCUUCGCUGGGAAAAUCCCAGCGUCGAUUCGUUCAUUUCGCAAUCUCAGGUUCUUCAACUUCACUGGAAAUCAGUUCCUCGAAGGCUCAUUGCCUGAAUUGAAGAGGGUCGAGCAGUCAACGUCUGGCAUUCCAAAACCAAAACGCUACAUAUUUGCUGAGCGUAGUUCAGGGGGCAAUAGAAACUCUAACGUAUCUGGACCCUCAGCGAGUAAAUCUUCUAAUGCUCCAGCUCCAUCUCCAACCCACGCACACCACAAGAAGCACAAAGAUCACACAAAGAAGGUAAUAGGGUGGAUUCUGGGAUUUUUGGCCGGAGCUUUUGCUGGUUGCAUAUCGGGAUUUAUUCUCUCUCUACUAUUUAAGCUGCUCUUGUCUCUGGUCAAAGGUGGGGGUAAGGACUCAGGUCCUGCAAUAUUUAGUCCUCUCAUCAAAAAGAAAGAGGACUUGGCUUUCUUGGAGAAGAAUGAUGGCCUUGCUUCAUUAGAGUUGAUAGGAAGUGGUGGUUGCGGAGAAGUUUACAAAGCUGAAUUGCCGGGAAGCAAUGGGAAAUGGAUUGCUAUAAAGAAGGUAGUUCAACCCCCCAAGGAUGCCGCAGAGUUGACGGACGAAGAUAGCAGACUUCUAAACAAGAAAAUGCGUCAAAUUCGAUCAGAGAUAACCACUGUCGGUCAAAUUCGACAUCGGAAUUUGCUUCCUUUAUUGGCUCAUAUUUCUCGACCUGACUGCCACUACCUUAUCUAUGAAUUCAUGAAGAAUGGCAGCUUACAAGACACGCUGAAUGACGUAGCAGAAGGAAGAAGGGAGUUAGAUUGGCUUGCGAGGCAUAAAAUUGCUUUAGGAGUGGCUUCCGGGCUAGAAUAUCUACACAUGGACCAUAAACCGCGUAUAAUUCAUAGAGAUCUCAAGCCCGGAAACGUCCUUCUUGACGAUGAUAUGGAAGCCAGAAUUGCAGAUUUUGGUCUUGCGAAAGCAAUUCCCGAUGCUUACACGCAUAUGACGAGUUCCAAUGUUGCAGGAACUCUGGGAUACAUAGCGCCAGAGUACCACCAAACACUCAAGUUCACGGACAAGUGUGACAUGUAUAGCUUUGGGGUGUUGCUUGGGGUUCUAGUCCUGGGGAAGCAUCCAUCAGACAAUUUUUUCCAAGAACAACCUGAGAUUGGUUUGGUUAAGUGGGUGAGGAGUGUAAUAACUUCAGAAAAUCCUCAGAGAGCAAUCGACCCAAAGCUCAUGGGAAAUGGCUAUGAGGAGCAAAUGCUCUUGGUUUUGAAGAUUGCUUGCUUUUGCACUCAGGAUAAUCCAAAAGAAAGGCCCGACAGCAAGAAUGUAAGGUGUAUGUUGUCUCAAAUCAAACAUUAGUGUGUAGAUGUUAAGAAUGCGUGGGGAGUUAAAAACUCCAUCUAACUAUAAAUAAGAGUUGCAAGAUGUAUGUCAGCAGCAGGUGUAAAAUGAUGCUUCUGUUAAGGGAAUUAUUAAGUAUUAUGUGGCGCUGUUAUUGUUAAGCAAGAUGAAUAUUAAUUUUAGAUAUUUUUUAUUGUGCAAA